UUUUGACUUUCCUCCAAACAACAACAUCGAAGUGAAAAAGGAAAGUGCUGAAUUUUUCACGUUUUAAAACUGCACUUGUUGUUUGAAACGUUAAUUGCAUAAUUACGUGGAACAUCAAUUUAAACCUUAUGUUAAAACGUUUGAACUAAGAUCCAAUUGAUUCGCGUAUUUGUUGUGUUAUUGGUUCCAAUAUUCGACACUGUGCAUACGUGCCACCAAAGUUGUUUAUUUAUACUAUAGACCGAUAAGAAUCGAGGGGUAUGGCGGAAGCCCAUGCGGCCGUAGCCUUUUCCUUUUCCAUCACCCACGAGGGUUGGGAUGUGAAUUUGGACCGAGAAGUUCUUAAUUUAGUUUGGCAGAGCGGUGUCAGAUCAUGGAAGAAAAGAAUUGCCAGAUUACUGAAUAACGUGCACAACGGAGUCUAUCCAGGACAUUAUAGCUACCUAUGCGUAAUCAUCGGGAUCGUUUCCGCUAUGCAGCUGAACGGAAUGAGGCCACCGUUCAACUUACCAAAUAAAAUACUAUCUGUAUGUCCCUCUAAUAGUUUAUACUGGCAACUAGGAGCUUGUACGAUAUCUUCUCUCUCAUACUGGUUGCCCGCUGUAUAUUUCCUGAGGUAUAGUCUUAAAGUGCUUUUUAUGUAUAAGGGCUGGAUGUACGAGGCCAAAGGGAAAUAUACAAAACCAUCCUUAAAAACUAAGUUAUGGCUCGGAUUGGUUAAGGUCCUGGGGGGUUGGAACACUCCCAAGUUGUAUAGCUACCAAAGUUCUUUACCCAGGCUUCCUUUGCCCUCAUUACAUGAUACCAUGACUAGGUAUUUAAAAAGUGUACGUCCCUUACUCGACGAUAAAUCCCACGCGAAAAUGGUACUUUUGGCGGAAGAAUUUAAAAACGGCAUAGGCAAAAAGCUGCAACGUUAUUUACUGUUAAAAUCGUGGUGGGCAACGAACUACGUCUCGGAUUGGUGGGAAGAAUAUGUUUAUUUGAGGGGCCGCUAUCCCCUUAUGAUAAAUUCGAAUUUUUACGGAAUCGACGCUAUUAUGCUGCAUCCGACUACGAAUCAAGCCGCUAGGGCCGGCUCGAUCAUUAACUCCCUACUGAUGUUCAGAAGAUUACUGGAUAGGCAGGAGCUCGAUCCGAUACUGAUUCAGGGAUUGGUGCCGUUGUGCUCUUGGCAGUACGAGAGAAUCUUUAAUACAACGAGGAUUCCCGGUGAGGAGGCUGAUAAAAUUGUCCACGUGCGGGACAGUACUCAUAUCGCCGUCUACCAUAAAGGACGGUACUUUAAAGUGAUUAUUUACCAUAGGGGAAGGAUUUUAAGACCGGCUGAAAUACAGAUGCAAAUAGAGCAGAUACUAAAGGACGAAUCUCCCCCGCAACCGGGCGAAGAGAAAUUGGCCGCCCUGACGGCCGGACUUAGAUCCCAUUGGGCCUGGACUAGAGACACGUAUUUCUCGAAAGGUAUAAAUCGAACCUCGUUGGACGCGAUCGAAAAAGCGGCGUUCGUCGUGGUAUUGGACGAUUUUCCUUAUGAAUUCGACAUGGACGACCCAUCAAAACUGGACCAAUAUGGCAAAGUGCUACUACACGGACGUGGAUAUGACCGGUGGUUCGAUAAAUCAUUUACUUUGUGUAUAGGAAACAAUGGUAGGCUCGGCUUUAAUGCGGAACAUUCUUGGGCGGAUGCGGCAGUGGUGUCCCACCUGUGGGAAUGGGUGAUAACCGAAGAAUCAUACGAUCCCCGGUCUGACGCUCCCAUUCUAGCGCACUGCUUGGAAUAUAUUUUGCUUGAAGAGGCUGAAAAUCCACGAUUUGACCACAACGGAAAUACAUUAGGUAAUCCAGAGUUUACGCCACCGCCGCCCAGCAGAUUGAACUGGGAUAUUAAACGGGAGUGCCAAGGAGCGAUCCAGGCCAGUCUGGAUAUCGCCAAUAAGCUCAUCGAAGACAUCGAUCUCAGAAUAUAUGUGCACAACAAGUAUGGAAAAGGAUUUAUGAAGGGAUGUGGUCUGAGUCCGGACGCAUAUAUCCAGAUGGCGUUACAACUGGCUUAUUAUAGGGACGCCGGUAAGUUUUGCCUUACGUACGAAGCCACCAUGACCAGACUGUUUCGAGAAGGUAGGACGGAAACUGUACGGCCGUGCACAGUCGAAUCGUCGCAAUGGGUGAAAGCGAUGGAAAACAAUGAUAUUGCGUUAGAGGAGAAAGUGCGACUGUUGAGGGUGGCUUGUGAAACGCAUCAGAGGGCAGUAAAAGACGCUAUGACGGGCAAAGGUAUCGACCGUCACAUCUUCUGCCUCUACGUGGUGUCGAAAUACCUGGACGUGGACUCGCCGUUCCUCAAAGAAGUGUUGAGCGAGCCCUGGCGAUUGUCCACCUCGCAAACGCCCCACGGACAAACGAAACGGAUGGAUCUCACUAGGCACCCAAAAUGUAUUUCGGCGGGGGGCGGGUUCGGACCAGUGGCCGACGACGGGUACGGUGUCUCCUAUAUUAUUGCCGGGGAAGGUUUGCUCUUCUUUCACAUUUCUAAUAAGAAGAGUUGUCCUACUACGGAUUGCCAUCGAUUCGCUAAACAGAUAGAAAAAGCGUUGGAGGAUCUGCACGAACUUCACACGCAGUACAACCUAUUGACGAAAAAAUAGUGUUUUUUUUCUCUUUUGGUAUUCUUGUUAGACCUCUUAAUGUUAAGUGUCAAAGGUGCGUUGUUAAAGAUACGUAGUUUAAUUUUUAAUAUGACGCUAAUUUAACGUACACAGAAAGUUGAACGGAGAAAUUGAAAAAGAAAUUCACGUCGUUUGAAUUCUUUGACAAACGAGAUCUAAUUUAUUAUGAACCUUUGCAGAUGUAUAUAUAUAUCGAUAAAAUAAAACAUAUACUUUGGUACAAAAAUAAAUGUAUUUUAACGUAAAGACAGUGUGUAUUGUAACGAAAUUAACAAUGCAAUUUUUCCUUUUUAUUAUAUUUUACUGUUAUUCUAAUUUUCACAUUACUUAUACAUUUUCUAAUUUAGGCAAUAAAGGAAAUAUGAUUUGA